AUGUCGAGCUCGUCUCUGGAGUCAACAGCAUUGGACGCUGGGACUAAUCUCGAAGUGCCGGAAGAAAAUCAUGCACACGGAUUAGAAAUAAAUGACGCGUUUUCAACAGACGAAGAUUUGGAGACCGAUGUAAUCGACCUGCCUAAAAUUGUCAGUGCAGUUCGAUCUUCAAACGAAUUAGGCAGAAAAGAUUCAGAGGCUCUGCCCUCAACUGUGAGGAGGGAUCCGUCUGACCUAACCACACGGGUGAGGCGGGGCUCUCUUCCAUCUCUAAGGGUAGUCACGUCCGACUCGCCCACUGCGGAACGAGACAGAUUCGAGAAUGUAUCACUAUCGCCUCCUCCUUCCCCUUUUUCAACUGCAGGUUUAUCUCCAAAUCAGGUGCCUAUUCCGGUGUCUCCGACAUCUCCGAUCUCUUCUGGGAGCCACGGGUCGCCGAAAUCGUCCCACAACCAACAGGGGCCGAUCCUCCGAAGUGUCUCCCCGAAACCAACGUAUCUUUCCCCAUCUUCAACUAUCCCCACCCCGCCUUCAGUGGACCCUGUUUCGCCUGCAUCUCCCUCUUUGAAUUCUAACUUCUCCCGCCCUUCGAGCUCUAUAGCAGGCCCAAGUACGCUCGAGAAAGUGGUUAGCAAAACGCGUCCCAGCCACCUCCCCCCGAAACAGCGGGAAGAGGACCUGAAACACAUGAGGGUCUGGGAAGAGAUGAUGAAGCGCAGCCGAGAGGCGGAGGCGCAGAAGGAACAAAUACAGCAGGAACGAAGAGCUUCUAAAGAAGUCGCGAUGGCAGAUGCUAUUGGAAUAUGGGAACGCGAGAUCAUCCCUGAUUGGAGAGCCGCUGUGAGAAAAACAGAGCUGAGGAGACUCUGGUGGAGCGGCAUACCUACAAAGCUGCGGGGUAAAUUGUGGUUCCAAGUUGUCGGCAAUGGACUCGCGCUUAGCAAAGAUGCGUUCCGGACCUGCAGAUCCCGAGCUCAGCGAGCAAUUGCCUCAAAAGUUUUCCCUCCGGACGUUAUGGAGCAAAUUGAGCAGGACAUAGUGAAAACACUUCCAACCCUCCAUAUAUUCCACCCAGAUCAUGGUCCAAUGUACCAAGACCUGAAGGAAUUGAUGUGUUCGUGGGUAGUAGCUCGUUCCGAUGAAGGGCUCGGCUAUGUGAAAGGAGCGUCCCAGAUUGGGGCAAUGCUUCUCCUAAAUCUUCCACUUGACCAGGCGUUUAUCACCAUGAGGAAUUUAAUCGAACGGCAUUGUCUCCGAUCUUUUUUCGGUGGGGAGGGAUCCGAUGAUGAUCUUGAAGCUUACUACAGGAUAUUUGACACACUAUUGGCUGAUGGUAUGCCCAAAGUGUACUUCAACUUCAAGCAGCAUCAUAUUUCGCCCUCAUUAUAUCUUCCUGAGUGGAUUAGGCCCCUUUUCCUGAACCAUCUCCCAUUCGAAGCAUGUGCAAGAAUAUGGGAUGUUAUCAUUUUAGAAGGGGAUUCAUUUAUGUUUCGAAUGGCGAUUGCGGUUCUGGGAGUAUUGGAAUCUCGACUGUUUUUCCCAGACAGAAAAGAGUUGCUGGAUGUCCUCCGUGGAGAAAACAAGGCAGCUUUGGAAAUCGCGAAACGGACGGGGGUUGCCAUUGAUCAUAGUGCGAGAUACGAGCAGUAUGGCAUGUCAGAGGAAGUAUUAUGGGCACGUGUCUCAGAAAUGGACGAAUGGUGGAGGGAAACUACGUGGCUAAGAUUGAUUCAACGAGAAUUGCCAGAUUUAUGACCAAUAUCGGUGACCUUUCUAGUUUCUCAUUAUUACCCCCUGAGAUAAUGCAGGGACAUUGGUGGCCGAACCAUGCUCUUUGUGGCCGGACCCGCUCUUCCAGACAAUCUUCCAAUGAAAGAUUUAAUCAGUGUGCAGAUCCCGGUAGUCUGGGAGUUUGCAGAGCUCACUUGAAGCAUGCAACGCGCGCGGGAAACGCCGCCGAGAAAAUCGCACUCUUGGCUGAUAAACCAAAUUAUG